GGAGACAAUGGCAGAGUAGUGAUUCGAACUCACAACCUUGCGAUUAUGAGUCCAAUGCUCUAACCACUGGACCACAUGACCCUCUAUGUGGUAAAAUUUAAGCAAAAUAUAAGGCUACAAGAGUUUUAUGAGGUAUUAAUUGCUUUAUGCGGCAAAUACAUCCAAUUAAACGUGAUAUUUUAGUUACUGUUUUAUAUGAUCAGACCACGUCAGUUGUGAGUCAAGUAUAACCCCAAGAUAUUUUAUUUUAUCAACACACUGCAGGUAGUUAUCGUAUAAUUUGAUCUUGAAUUGGUGAUUAUCUAGCUUUCUUUUAGUGCCGAAAGGCAUGACCAUGGUUUUUUGAGGAUGAAUAUACAUCUUAUUAAUAUCAAACCACUUGCAGAUUAAAUCAAAGUAAUUUUGUAAAUUAAAUUGAACUUCAAGAAAGUUAUGAGAAUUUUUACAAAUAAGGGUAUAAUCUGCAUAAAGUGAAAUUAGGAAUUUGUAUGAAAUCUUUGGUUGUUAAUAUCGUUAUAAACAAAAGAUCAAGGGGCCCAGGAUUGACCCCUGGGGCACCCCGGAUUUCACAGUUAAAAAACUCACAGUUUAAUUAUCUAUAUUAACACAUUGUUGUCUUCCGACCAAGUACGAUUUAAACCAUUCACGUACCUCACCAUAGAAAAUCCGUUUAUCAAGUAUUGUUUCGUACGUACAUACAUGUACAUAUGUACACACACAAACAUCAUACACAAAAACAUUAAAUCAUAAAGUAUAACAAUAUCGAAAAAAUAGAACUUGGUCUGAUUAAUUGCAUAUGGACACUUAAUUUGAGCGCCCUGAUGAUAAAUGUGUUUUAUUUAAUAAAAGCAGAAAAAUAGAAAAAAAAUGUGAAGGUUUGAUGAAAAUCCAUCAAAGAAUAAUUCAUGAUUUCUUUUUUGUUUUAUUCCAUGGGGGGGGGGGUUGAUAAUAAGCAAAUAAAUUCCCCCCUGCAGGCCAAUAGUCUGCAUGAGAAAAAUUGAAUAUGUUUACAUUCAGGUGUGAUUCAUCUUACGGACAUGCUCCAGAGAGCAUCUUUUGUGCUACUCCACGUUUGGCUGAUUUACACAUUGUCACGAUCUGUAUAUUUUCUUGUGACUAUGGGAGAGGGUUCAAACGGUUCAUGUAUUGUGUGGAGCAGUAACAUACGCAGGAUUUUUUUUUAAAGGGGGUGGGUCAAGCAGAAUGAAAUGUUGACAACCCAAAAAAGAAAACUGUUUAAAAAAAUAGAAGGGGUGGGGUUUGCAUUCUUAAGGGGGUCUGGGGGAACCAAACAAAUUAAGGGGGGAGUUGAACCCCUGUUACCACCCCCCCCCCCUCGUGUACGCCACUGGUGUGGAGCAGACAGGUAGUUGACAUGAAUUAGAACCUGUCGUGAAUCUGUCUUGCUCGAUCAGGGAAAUGUAGCUGCAACAUUGGAAGAAAAAUCGACAAAAUUCAUUGGGACACUUUUCGGUUCGAGAAAUUUCGAUAUCAUCAUGACAAUUAACCUAAAUAUGAAACACUGGUCAUCAAAGCAAGUUUAUUUCAAGGACUAUAAAGUUGCUGUCUUCUUUACAAUCCUAACUUGUGUCAGCGUCUUUGCUAACGUACCUGAUGAUCCAUGCAUCUUUAUAAACGCGACGAAUCACAUUUGUUCAUGUACGGCACCGCCACCCUCACCUCCACCGUGUCCACCGGUUAUCUUUCCAGUGAACAACCUGUCCGAGUUCGGAGCAACAACCCAUUCAGUUUCAGUCACGUGGUUACCGCCAAGUUUCUGCAGGUACACUGGUUAUCAUGCGUCCUGUUCAAAUGGAUCAGAAGUUAUACCACAGCAAACCCUUGAUGCCCAGACGACAAUCUUUAAUUGUACCAAUCUUAUACCUGGAAUGUGUGGACUCAACAUCACAGUCACAACAUUGUUUAAUUAUUGUGAGAGCGAACCAAGAUCGAUCACCCUUGCAACAGUUCCUUCACAGGUAACUAACCUGACUGAAUGUGGAGCAACCGAUGAUUCCAUAUCAGCUUGUUGGUUACCACCUCAUGGCAUGUAUGAUGGUUAUAAAGUGACCUGUUCAGGUAGAGAACCAACUCUUCUUGAUGCUGACACGACCAUGUUUACAUGUACUAAUCUACCUAUUUCUGGAAAAAAAUAUUACAUGACAGUAAUUACCGUUAGCUGUGAAAAGGAAAGCGAACCAUCAGUAAUUACAAUUCUAGCACUUCCUUCACAGGUAACUAACUUGACUGAAUGUGGAGCAACCGAUGAUUCCAUCUCAGCUUGUUGGUUACCACCUCAUGGCAUGUAUGAUGGUUAUAAAGUGACCUGUUCAGGUAGAGAACCAACUCUUCUUGAUGCUGACACCACCAUGUUUACAUGUACCAAUCUAACUACUUCUGGAAUAAAAUAUAACAUGACAGUUACUACCGUUAGCUGUGAAAAGGAAGGCGAACCAUCAGUAAUUACAAUUGUAGCACGUGAGUCGAUCUUAGGUCAUCAUACUUAUUAG